UUUUGCACUUGUACUGCAUUAUCAUCGCUCAGUUUAUCCCGGCAAGUGCUCGCGCUAGCAUGUCAGCUACAAUUCUCGCUCAUCUCAACGCAGCCGAGGUGGCAGACGAGGAUGUUUUGAGCCGUGACGAAAACAGUGUGAUCUGGGAGGAGAUUCCGGUCGAUAAUGACCUGCUCACGCCCGAAGACGAUGAACAAUUUGUGGAUUUCGUACGGUUGGAUGGUAACGCGGUGCUAGAUUCAAUCAAAGCCGAUGGAAGAGACAGUCUAUACGCGAACGAUAGUAUUGAUUCGUCCGCGGAGGAGAACGAGGAUACGUUAUGUAACGGGAAGGAGAAGCGAACAGCGCCUAUUGAGGGCGUGGAAAAUUCGACGCGUAAGAGCGAAACGCCAAAUAAUGAGUCCAAGUAUAAAUGUGGCGUUUGCUUGCUGAGAUUCAAGGUAAAGGCACAUUUGGUGAGACAUAUGCUGUUCAAACAUCGCCUGGACGGUAUUCAUAAGUCUGAAAAAAUCUAUAGUCGUUGCCGUCGAUGCAACGAACUGUUCAAAAGCACCUUAGAGUUAGAAAAACACCUCAAGACAAUUCACAAGACCACAUUUUUCUGCGACAUCUGUUUGCGUUUGUUUGUCACCGAAAGUUCGCUGCAUCGCCACCGGAAGCACCAUGUCGGCAUCAACCCAUUCGUGUGCGAUGUUUGCAACAAGCAAUGCAAGAGUUCCAGCCACAUGCAUUUUCACCGCAGAACUCACUUCACCGCGGACCAUGGUUAUACCUGUGAUCAUUGCAACAAACGGUUCUCAUCGUCCGGAAACUGCCAGAAGCAUAUUGCUCGUGUUCAUACGCAUGAAAAACGCCACAAGUGUUCAGAGUGUCCGGAAGCUUUUAUAUAUCCGCGUCAGCUGAAGAUUCACCGGAAACAAGCGCACGUGUCGGACAAAUACGGUGCAAACGAUUGCGAAGAUUGCAAAUUGCAUUUUAAGUCGCCCUCAGAGCUUAGGAAGCACCAGCAAAACGUUCACUAUGUGAAGGAUCGUCGCCACGCAUGUGACCAGUGUUCAGCCAGAUUCAAACAAUCUGGCCACCUAAAGACGCACAAAUUAACUCACACGGGAAGUAAACCGUUCGGUUGUGAUCUUUGUGGUAAGCGAUUUCUCACCAACAGUGAUCUGAAAGUUCAUCAACGUGGGAAGCACAAAAGAUUGAAACCGUUCAGCUGUGAGCUCUGUCCGAAGACCUUCAUCGUCGGACAUCUGCUCAAUAAACACCGGAAGAAGGUGCAUAAUGAUGUGAAAAGUGAGAUAAAUUUAGAGUGUUAAACGAGUUCAAUUUUCGUAGAAUGUGGAGAAAAAACUCAAGGACAAUAAGCGAACCAAGUUGGUUCUUGCAAAAAAUAGAGUUCCUGCCUAUUGCAUUCGUCAGAAAAAUGAUGAUUGCAAACUAAUUGAUAGACUCUUAUCGCCUUGCAUUCACUUUUGUUAUCAAAAGUGCAAACUUUAAUCAGAUAGCGAAUGUUGUGUCUGCAAUAAAACGUUGUUUACU